AUGGCUGAAGGGGAGAAUGGCAAAGUCUCUGCCGCGGAGCCGAAGGAGGACUUUGCAACUGGUGCGAGUGCCCAGAUCCCCAGCACGGCUGAGCUGCAAAGCGAUGGCAAAGAGAGAAGGGCCGAGGACCCGCCGUGGUCUGCUCCCAUCUUCUCCUUUGCCAAGAAGGCAUCCGAAAACUUAGCCGUGAGCUACGGAAACGCUCUGAAGUCUGCAGCCUUGGUAGGACUCAUUCCCAAACCAGUCAGCAAUGACAGCACAGCCAAACUAACAGCCAAAUACCACACAAUGGAGGAACGUUCAAAUCUCAUGAACAUGAUGAAACUGAGUAUUAAAGUCUUAAUCCAGUCAGCUCUAAGUUUGGGUAGGACUUUAGAUUCUGACUUCCCUCCUCUGCAACAGUUUUUUGUGGUGAUGGAGCACUGCCUCAAACAUGGACUUAGAGCUAAGAAAAGUUUUAUUGGGCAGCACAAAUCAUUCUUUGGACCUUUAGAACUGGUGGAGAAACUUUGUCCAGAAGCAUCAGAUUUAGCGACAAGUGUCAGAAAUCUGCCAGAAUUGAAGACUCCAAUAGGAAGAGGCAGAGCUUGGCUUUAUCUCGCUGUCAUGCAAAAGAAACUAGCAGACUACCUAAAAGUUCUGUUGGACCACAAGAAUCUGUUGAGUGAAUUUUAUGAGCCUGAUGCCUUGAUGAUGGAAGAAGAAGGAGCAGUGAUUGUAGGUCUUCUAGUGGGGCUAAAUGUCAUUGAUGCAAACCUCUGCUUAAAAGGAGAAGAUUUGGAUUCCCAGGUUGCAGUGAUUGAUUUCUCCCUGUACCUUAAGGAUACACAAAACAUUGAUGAUGGCAAACAAGAUGGAGGGAUUACUGCUGUGCUUGAUCAGAAACACUAUGUGGAAGAACUUAACCGCCAUCUAAGUUGCACUGUUGGAGACCUUCAGACCAAGAUAGAAUGCUUAGAAAAAACUAACUCAAAGCUCCAAGAAGAGCUGGCUGCAGCAACAGACCGGAUCAAGGCACUUCGGGAAGAACAGCAAGAGCUGAAGCAGGAAAAUGAAUUAAUCCGUGAACGAAGUGAAAAGCAUGUUGAGGUAACUAAGCAGGACACCAAAGUUGAGCUGGAAACAUAUAAGCAGACACGUCAAGGCCUGGAUGAAAUGUACAGUGAUGUCUGGAAACAACUGAAAGAGGAGAAAAGAAUCAGAACGGAACUAGAAAAAGAGCUGGAGCUGCAAAUUGGAAUGAAAAUAGAAAUGGAAAUUGCCAUGAAACUUCUAGAGAAAGAUACACAUGAAAAACAGGAUACUCUGGUGGCCCUUCGUCAACAGCUGGAGGAAGUUAAAGCCAUUAAUUUGCAGAUGUUCCAUAAAUCUCAGAAUGCAGAAAGUUCAUUGCAACAGAAAAAAGAAGCAAUAUCUUCGUUUGAAGACAAAACGCAGCAAAUGAUGGCUUCUGUGAAGCAGAUGGAAGACAGAUUGCAACGUGCAGAAAAAGCCAGGCUGGUUGCAGAAGAGAAAAAUAUAAAGUUAAAACAAGAUAUGGGUGGCAAAACGGAGUCACUGAAACAACUGCUAACCCAACUGGAUAGCAAAUGUUCUACUCUGGAAAAAGAAUUAAGAUCUGAGAAAGAACAAAGACAGACGCUGCAACAACAGUUGCAUCAGGAGAAGGACACUACCACCUUGCUCAAAACGGAACUGCAGCAAGUAGAAGGGCUGAAAAAGGAGUUGCGGAAACUGCAAGAAGAGAAGCAGCAGCUUGAAAAGAUCUGUGAAGAACAGGAACAAGCCCUUCAAGAAAUGGGACUUCACCUUAGCCAGUCCAAGCUUAAGAUGGAAGAUAUUAAAGAAGUAAAUAAAGCUUUAAAGGGCCAUACCUGGCUAAAAGAUGAUGAAGCAACCCACUGCAAACAAUGUGAGAAAGAGUUCUCCAUUUCUAGGAGAAAGCAUCAUUGUCGAAACUGUGGCGACAUCUUUUGCAGUACUUGUUCCAGCAAUGAACUUGCACUCCCAUCCUAUCCAAAGCCUGUACGAGUCUGUGAUACUUGCCACACCUUACUGCUUCAGAGGUGUUCAUCCAAUGCUUCAUAAGACGUCCAUUUGUUUCAAGGA